UAUAUCCAGUGGAGAGAGAGUUAUCUAUCAAAAACCCAUGUGUGGCGGACAUCCUUCUCCUCUUGCCUCCCCCCUUCUUUCAUUGAAUUGAGAUCUUUAACAUUUAGUACACGACCCAUGGCUGCUUCUUUCUCUCCCACAACCCUUCAACUCAACAAAUCCUAUUUCCUUGGCCAAACCCAUUUCUCCAAAACACCAUCAUCUUCCCCAUUUCCCAAAACCCUUAAAAUCACAGCCAAAUUCAACCUAUUUGAGAUCCUAGGAGGCAGAGGUCUCUGCAAUGGGGAAGCAGGCCUCGAUCAAGAACUGAAAAAGCCCAUAACCACCCAAGAACAGCAACCACCACCACCACAAAUCCCCACCAAAGAUCCACAAAAGUCAGCAUCAUCAGCGGCCGAGAUCAUCCCAGAAGAUGGCUUCGAAAAGGAGCUCAUGGGCUUGACUGGUGGCUUCCCAGGUGGUGAAAAGGGGCUGCAGAAAUUCAUUGAGAAAAAUCCACCUCCCAAAAAGAUUCAAAAACCCACCACUCAAGAAUUGGCCACGAUUGAGUUCAGGCAGAGCUUGACCAGGAAGCCCAGAGCACCCGAGCUGCCAUUGCUGAUGCCUGGCAUGAUUGCCAUAGUGAAGAAUGAGAACAACCCUUAUUACAUGUACUGUGGGAUUGUGCAGAGGAUCAGUGAUGGAAAAGCUGGGGUGCUCUUCGAAGGCGGGAAUUGGGACCGGUUGAUCACGUUCAGGCUCGACGAGCUUGAACGCCGCGAAAAGGGUCCUCCCAUGGUUAACCCUAGGUCUGUUAUACUUGAAGCUUUGAUGGAGGAGAAAGAUUCUUGAUUGUUGAUCUCACUGCAGUGUUCCAAAAGUCGGCCGCCUAGGCGCUAGGCAGUGGUUCAAUGUCUAGAUUAGGAAGCCGACCAGGCAGUGCCUAGUCCCCACCUUAGUGCUAGGUGGCCAACUAGUCGCCUAACAAUUUUUAGAACAUUGGAUCUUAGAACCAUUUUGUUUGUGCAGUCCAUAUGUGAAUGCAUCUAUUACUACAUGUAUCGAAUAACAGAACUCUGGCUGGCUUGCGGGAGUGGUUGUGAGACUUUCUUUUUCAAAGCUAAUUCAAUCUGUUGUCAGUUUCUAAAA